UUUUAGUUGUCAACUGGCAACAGUCAACAAUAUUCAACCGUCAAAUGAAAUGAAAUGUCAAUCUGGAGGGUGGCUAUUCGAAACGUUUAUUUGAAUCGUACCAGUUUGUGGAAAAAUAAUGUGCUAAUAGUUACAACAAUGCCGUUCUACGCCGUAGCAAAAGGUCGCACGUCCGGAAUAUUUAUGACUUGGGCUGAUUGUGAAGCCCAGGUCAAGGGAUUUUCUGGUGCAAGAUACAAGAAGUUUGACUCUGUUACCGAUGCUCAGACCUUCGUAACUGCUGAAGGAGGAAAAGUUGCACCUCCUAAGCCUAUGCCCAGUAAAGUAAAACAUACGUCGCAAAAUAACCUUAAAAGACCACUCACGACACAGAAAAGUGAAAAGAAAGUAAAAAAAAGUAAAAUAAAACCUCAAUCCGAAGAUAAAGAUGACUCUGCCUCUACUGAAAAUUCUUUUGAUAAUUCCGACGACUUGGACACUAUACUCAACAAACAAAUGGAUGACAUAGAGGCAAGGUUGAAAGGUUUCGAAAAAGGUAUUGACAAAAUUAUAAAAAACAGCAUGAAAGGUAAACAGACUAUUUUAAUAGACCCUCCAGAGAAAAAGAAAAAGAGCACUUCUCAAGGGUUUGAAAUGGACAAUGAGGGUUUUGUAAAAGUUUACACAGAUGGUGCAUGUUCUUCAAAUGGUAGAAGUGGGGCUCGGGCAGGAUUAGGAGUUUACUGGGGAGAGGAUCAUCCAUUAAACAUAAGUGAGCCAGUAUCUGGCCGCGCUACCAACAACUGUGGGGAAAUACAAGCAGCAACUAAAGCCAUAAAACAGGCAUUGGACAAUGGAGUCAUGAAACUUGCCGUAAACACAGAUUCAAAGUUCUUAAUUAAUUCAGUUACAAAAUGGAUGCCAGGUUGGAAACGAAAAGGAUGGAAGCUUCAGUCUGGCGAGCCAGUUAAGAAUGAGAUAGACUUCAAGGAUUUGGAUAGUGUUCAAAACAAACUUCAGGUGAAAUGGAACUAUGUGGAGGCCCAUCGUGGAGUGCAUGGCAACGAGAUGGCAGAUCAGCUAGCAAAAGCAGGGGCUGCCCUUUAUAACAAAUAACUGAUAUGGAUCAAGAAUUAAUUGAAGUAUUUAAUUGUUAUUGUUAAUUCAUUCCCUAUUCUACAUCAUUUCAAAACUUGUGUUGGUGAGUGGACAUUAUUGUACAUUCAUGGUAAAUAUCUGCACAAGUAACUGACAUAGUUCUGUAUGUUUCUCUGCAAAAUUCUUUCCAUGUCUGAAUUUAUUAGGGUUAUUCAAGAAACUAAUCAGUUUUACUGUUAAACAUAUAUUAAAAGUUAUUAGAUCUCUACAGAUUCCAUAAUUGUAAACAUAAAAGUAAAUUUACAAAACAAAAUGUUGAUCCAUUAAUUUUAUUUUAGUUAUGUAAGGUAUAUUUGUUAUAAAUUAGAAACAUGCAGAAUAAUGUUUGCAAUUGGCUUAACAUAUAUAUUUUUUCUAAACUGCUGGACAGAAUUUUGUUAUUGUCAUUGAAUGGAACUUAACCAAGUAAGUAAGUGGAGGUUGGUCUACAAGGUGGACAGAUGACUUGAUAAAGGUCACAGGCACACCUUUAAUGCUGGCUGCUGUUGACAGGUCCAUCUGGAAAUCUUUAGGGGAGGCCUAUGUUCAGUAGUGGAUCUUAUGUGGCUGAUGAUGAAGUAAGUAUGUAUCUGUGAAAUGAAACUAAUUAAUGGUACAUUACAACUAUUUAUACAACUUAAAUGUGAUGUGUGGAAAAGUUGAUUUGUAUUUUUAAUAAAUGCUUGUAUUUCAUUAAAACUUAUUAAGACGUUUAAUUUCAAAUAGAAAAGUACCAAAAGACCCAAUGUCAACGACGAUGACUAAGAGUCGUGUAAACUGAGAAAGUGGUACAAAGAGCUACAUAAUUAUUCUUUACAUAGCUGGAUAGCCACUCUAGUUUAUUAGUCUCUGAUAGCCACUACUAAUUAGGCGGCUUUUACAACUGACGGAUUCUUUGGUCGCGAAAAACAUCCGAGCUGUAUGUUUAGAAUAAUUCAUAUGAGCGACACUAUAGGUUCAGUGGCGGCGGAUUUGGUUUGUCGACUGCGAGAUCCUGGGUUCGAGUGCUAACCAGGUCAGCGGAUAAUUGAAUUGUCUGCUAUAAAAUCGUCGUAUAACCAAAUCUAAUCAUAUCUUUUCUUCAACAAGCCUGAAAAAGUGUGUUGUGCUAACUUCACAUAGGAGUAACAUAUAUGCAAAUAAAAAAGUAAUUUCUUCAAGGACUUUCUGAAGGUGAGAUGAAUUAAUAUGUAAGUAUAUGCUCAAUGAUAUUAAAUAAUAGAUAUCUUUUUUCGAAAGAUAACAUUAAUAACUACGGAAUGCCUAAAACCACUAAACUACAUUUAAACAAAUUCACACAAUAUAAGUAUAGUAGUUAACGUUAUGUAUGUACCCUAACUGAUUAUAAUUUGUACAAUGUAAGAACUUAAUCUUAAUUCGAAUCAAUGCGGUUCUACCGCCGUAUAUUUUUUGUGAAUGGGGCUCCUGUAUUCUGCGAAUGUGACCUUUAGCUUAUAUUUUCUUCCUCUUGAAAUAAAUACCUAUUACAUAUUAUUUAAAUCCCAUUACUUUUAAACAGAUUUCGGAUCCAUCUAUAUUAUAUCGCAUGUUAGGGAAUUUACGAAACACUUAGAAAAUCAUUUUUUAUUUUAUUUGCGGAAGUAAACUUGUUAUAUUAAAAAUUCAAAUUACAAAACGUAACGUAACGGAGAACAGUUGGCACCUUUGUCCCAUACUUUGACCCUUUGACCUAUGGCUUUGACCAAUGAGCAAUGUGUUCCGUUUUGUUUUUUCGCAUUUGGUUGGCAUUUCUACCGAGUAGGUCCGUUUCGAAGAGAAAUUUGAAACUUUACAUCCGUCAUCCAUUUUAUUCACGGUGAGCGACGAGCGUCGUAUUUAGCAACAGCAAGGCAAUAUCCGUAAAAUAUAGUGCUAACCAUAACCAAAAGCCGGAAAAACACAUAAGAAAAACUUAUUCUACGGAAUUUAAAAUGGAUCACGUAGAUAAUGAUGGUUUUGUGGAUGUUUACACGGAUGGCGCAUGCUCCUCAAAUGGUAGGAGCGAAGCUCGUGCCGGCUAUGGAGUCUAUUGGGGAGAUAACCAUCCCCUAAACACCAGCGAGCCAGUGUCUGGCCGAGCCACUAACAACCGUGGAGAAAUACAAGCGGCAACUAAAGCCAUAAAACAGGCACUGGAUAAUGGAGUCACUAAACUUGCUAUAAAUACUGAUUCCAAAUUCCUAAUUAAUUCUGCUACGAAGUGGAUGCCAGGUUGGAAACAACAGGGCUGGAAACUUCAGUCUGGGGAGCCAGUGAAAAACGAGCGUGAUUUUAAGGAGUUGGACAGAGUUCAACACAAACUUCAGGUCAAGUGGAAUUAUGUGGGAGCUCACAGUGGAGUCCAUGGCAACGAGAUGGCGGAUCAACUUGCAAAAGAAGGCGCUUCUAAGUACCGCAAAUGGUAGUUAUAACUACUACCUGUAUUAAAAAGUUUUUUUAUAUUUUUGUGUGCUCUAGAUAUUGUUUAAUUUUCUUUUUAUUUUUAUACUAAGUACUAAGCCAUAUAUUGAUUAGAAGAUAAGUACUCAAUCUUAAAUGUUCCACUAAUGAAAAGCAUAAAUUAUUCAGGUAACUACUUGGCUAGCUUUUUCAAACUGUUGUAGGUAGGAAAUCUGAAGAUGAUAAGAUUUUGUUUGUUGUUUGCAUUAUCUAAAAAUCUGCUGGACAGUACCUAAUUAGGUAUUCUGUAGUUUUCUAACUUUAUUAAAUGUUUCUCGAUAUUAAUUAUAGAAUUUAAGUUUUGCUUUGCUUCUCUUGAUAUCAUGCUAUCUUUUUAACUUGACAGUAAAGCUAUUAAAAUUAAAUAUGA